CGUAAACUGCAUUAUCUGAAAACUGUGACUAGCAACAAUUUUAAUCGGAACUUAUCUAGAACUGUUGGACUGGGAUUUUUUAUCUCAGAAGUUUAAUUAAUCUCUAGAACAUUUUAUAAAUUCAAUAGAUUAAUCAAACAAGUGUCUUCUGUUUGCUUAAUCAGUUUUUCAAUCUAUUUGCUGACUUCUGCCACCUUGAAUUGUGCUCACUUCAAAGCAGCAAAAAGGGGGAGCGGGUGGCGGAAGGAAGGAGUACUCGAUGACUACCCUCCUAAUUGUCUCCUCUCUCCUGUUCUUGGCGGGUGAGAGUGGAGUGAUGUGGGGGAACUAUGUCAUGUUCUACAGUGAGGCAGACCCACAAAUACACCCCCAAGUUCAGAAGCAGUUUCGAACCACUGCUACCUCAAUCAGCGAGCUGUGUGGAGCCAUUAACUCAUCUCUAAACUUCGUCAUCUACAUCAUCUGCAGUCGCAGAUUCAACCUUGCGUUCCGAGACAUGCUCAACCUUCUGCUUAGAGGCAAGUCGGCUAUGAAAGGAGCCGGACAGAGUACCGCGACUCAGCCUCGAGCACAUAGCCAUCUGGCGGUCACAGCGAGUUCUGCAGGAAUUCCGGGGCAAAAUCAUUGAAGUUGAGAUGCCAGAUAGUAAAAUUGGUUCUCAAGAAGGAACCGAAAGAAAAGAAGAAAAAAUAUAUAGUUAUAGAUUUCAACCCUUGAAUGGAAAACCUUGAACCCUACUUUCUCCAAGAUAUUCCAAA